CAUUAGGCCUUGCCACGUCGUUCAAUGCGCGUGCAGAGCCAAACCUUUUGGAGAGGCUGCGAGACGUGACGUGUGCCACGUGACGUCCUCCUCCUGGUCCCUGAGUGCGCCAGCUGUUUCCGUAAGAGAGCCUAUCCUGCCGUUGCUUCCGAAGAGAUCGGAUCGUACGCUCGGCGGUACUCGGUACCUUUGACCAACAGCUGAAGACAGCAGCCGAAGCAGCACUGGACGACAUGCGGCAACAGCAGGACAUGUGGCAGGGUGUCAACGGGACGGAGGCCGUGAGCGAUUACUCGGCACUCUCCUGGUUCAAGCCCGACGAGCGGAUCCGGGAGUGGCCGCUCAUGGGCAGCCCCGCGGCCGUGACCAGCGUCCUGGCCCUGUACCUGAUGGGCUGCGUCGUCGUGGGGCCGCGGCUCAUGAGGGACUGCAAGGCCUUCUCCAUGCGGCCCAUAAUGAUCGCGUACAACGUCGCCAUGGUGGCACUCAGCGUGUUCUUCGCCUACCUGACCGUGACUCUGGCGUACUUCAAGAGCGGCUACAGCCUGGUCUGCCAGGCCAACGACUCCAAGACGAACCCGUUCCGCGAGGUGAUCUUCUACUACGGCUGGUGGUACGUGAUGCUCAAGGUGGGCGAGCUCCUGGACACGGUGUUCUUCGUGCUGCGCAAGAAGAACGACCACAUCAGCUUUCUGCACGUUCUGCACCACACGCUGGCCCUCAUCACCGUGUGGCUGGACGUGAACCUGGCCAUCAUGGGACAGGUGGCCCUCUUCCCGCUGCUCAACUGCUCGGUGCACGUGGUCAUGUACUCGUACUACGCGCUGGCCGCGCUGCCGCCGUCGCUCAGGCCAAACCUGUGGUGGAAGCGCUAUGUGACCAUAUUCCAGAUCGCGCAGUUCUUCGUGCUCACGGUGCACAGCCUGGUGCCGGUCUUCAAGGACUGCGACUUUCCGCGGGCCUUCGCGGUCUUCAUGGCCCUGGAGGCGGCGCUCUUCUUCUACCUCUUCAGCGACUUCUACGUGAAGCACUACGGAUCCCCGAUGAAAGCCGACUCCAGUGCGAAACUUAAGGGCCAAUAGUGAUGCGUGUCCCCUGAAACUGUAUUUAACCUUUUUUUGUUCCUCGCGCGCUCGGACACUCGAAGCCGCAGAGGUGUUGUGCGUCAAAACUACGAGCCGUCUGUUUGUGUGCAAGAUUUUUCGCGCCUGUUCUCGUGUAUGUGGCCGCUGCUGCCGGCGGACGCAUUGUAAUCGUCCGAAGACUGAACACUUGCCGGAGAGAAAUAUUGCGGAAUAUUUCGCAAUUUUGCGGGAUUACGUACGGCACUGUUCACUUGGUUUACGUUCACGUUACUGAUUGAGAGUGAGAGUUUUACUUGGGAUAUAUGUCGGUUGCAUUAGCACAUUGCGUAUGUUGGUGUGCAAGUCUAUUUCCCCCCUAAAGAUCACACAAAUUUACCCACAGUGUUUAUAAACCAUCGUUGCAAACGGUGCCAACCCGACCAUGCACCACCUUACGCGAAUAUCUGAGACAUUCAGCUACUUGAAUUUAAAAUGUUAACCUAAAGCAAAAUUGAUACGGGUUUUCUUUCGUAAGCGAUGUUUGCCAUUGUCUCGCUAGUUUUGCUAAAUAUACGUCAGCCAUCAAGACAGGCUAAAAUUUUCGAUACCAGCGUAAGGCGUUUUCAAUAAUUAGGACCUUGCUGCAGUUUCGCGGAAGUUUGUCUCACAUUUUCGCAGCGUUCGCCUUUACCUUAUUUUUUUUCUUUGGGAAUAGAACAACAGUUGAGACGGAAAACAUACAAUCAGCUUCUGAUUGCUUUGUUCCUUCUCGAAAUAGUCUUAACUGGUACGAGGCGCAAAUAUUUCUAGAGUAGAAGAACUGAGUGCGUGAGCCGUAUCACAUAUGCAUCGAGUACGCAGUAAUAUGACCGCAUGACAAGCGAAGGUGCGCGAAGUAUUCUGAUGACCGGGAUGUAUGGGCUAGUUUUACUGUAGAAGUGUGUUUUCUACCUCGCAGUUAUGUACCUAGGGCCGAAAUCACAAAGCCUGUUGUUCUCAAGUGCUCUUUCCCAUCGGCCUUUGUUCCCACUGGCAUCUCCCACUGUUAUUUCCCGUUAAGAAAAAAAAAAAAAACUCCCGUCCAGUAAUUGUUCGCGCGAGAAAAUUCUAGCCAAUGAUAAUUCAUAGCACAUAAAAUUAACGAAGCAGGGCAGCCAUUGGCAAAGAUUGUUUCCGAUUGAAAUAAUUCGUGUAUUAAGUCCAAGAUAUGUGCUAGUUUAUAGCGUGCGCGUUGACUGAACUGAGCGCAGUGAGCCGCGUCACAUGAAAGGCGUCGUGUCUGUAGUCAUGGCCGCUUGGCGAAUGAAGGUGUUUACUCUUUUUUUUUUAAGGUUUAAGUGAGCCUUAAGUCCGCUGAAGCUGUUCCGAUGGAUCAACGGAUUUGCCAGGUACAUUAAAAAAGUCGAAUGUUCCACCUGUGUACAUACAUAGACUCUGUAUAACAUUACGUAUCUCGAUAAAGUAUACUUGUUAAAUGUAUGUGAUCACGGUUUAUGUCCGCUAUGGUUGAAUGCGUAUGUUGUGAGAAUUUUAAUUCCAGUGUGCCGCUACUCGCGUAGCUUAGAGCGAUGCCACGGCAUUCAUCUCUAAAGCUUCUGGCGUUUCCUAAAUGACGCAGCGAAUAAAUUCUCGCACUGCACUCACCCGAGACCCGUAUUAACGUUGAUGAGAGCCAUUUGUAAAGACACGGUAUUCAUAUUGAUACUGAUAAAUAAAGUUUUACAUGUUCUGUUAAGAACGACCCGGAUCACAUAUCUCAAAUUUGAAGUAUAUGUUGCAGAAACUUAAAGUUUCAAGGCGAUCGACUGCUAACCAGAGUUGUGCGACUAACCGGUUGAUCCUAAUGAGCAGUCGACUGAUAACGUCAACUACACCUCGUCAGAGUAAAGUGAACGUUUGCCUAUUUCGGGACGUAAUAAAAGUGCAAAAUAUCUUCUACAUGUUCUUAAAUUUCCUUCUGUAAGUCAACUGCGUGUUGAGAAUUGGGGUGUUGGCUUGAUCAAUUUGUUCUUAUGGAUUUGUAUUGUAUCAGAAGGCCUCGUGCUUUUAAAUGUGGGUUUGAUUUUAUGCCAUUCUUUCUUUCACAAACUUGGAAUUUUUAAACCCGUAGAAUAGAGUAGGGUAGAUAGCUUUAACUCAGGUACAAGUUAGUGAUGUUGAGUCAAAUGUGUAAGAUCUUGAAGUUUUCGUUUCUUCCUCUCUUUUUUGCCAUACUUUCUAGAAACAUUUCGUGAUGAUAAUUUGAAAGCUGGUUAUGUCUAAUAGUAAUGUUGUUUAAGCCCCAUUGAUCUGUUCAUAUCAUCAGGACGUUCACGUCUGAUGUAAGAGCUUGAACUAUCAUUAUGUUAGAGAACGCCUGUUAUUGAUAGAGACCUCCGCCGUGUUGUUUGUGCAAUUGAACAAAGCAAAACUUCCUGAAUAAAUACAGAUUUUU